AUGAAGUGUUUUACCCAUGUGACAGUUAUUGGUAGCAACCGCGUUGUUUACAUUGGUUACCACACGCUCUUCUCUCAAGCAAUGAUCAGUAUAUAGAUUUUACUGAAUAUUGAAUUCGAAAUCUGUUUGGUCUGUAAAAGCAUUCGCGCACAGAGAUUUCACAGGUUCCCCGAUAAAUCAUGGCAUCAGGAGGCGUUGACGAUGAUCUGGUGAAGAAGUUCGAGGAGUUCUGCACGCUGGCGGGCUCCAAGGACAAGACGCAGAUGACACCAAAGGCCAACGGCAAACUCGUGGCCGACUGCCUGGACAAGAAGUACAAGGCAUAUGACGUCAAGGCCAUCUGUGACGCCAGUGUGUUUCCGGCUGUCAAAGAGAAGGGAAAACCGAACAUGGUGGUGAACAAGGCGAACGUGGACAAGUACGUCACCAAGACUGCGCAUGAGAUCGCAAAGAAGAAGACGAAGAACACGAAGAUCGCAGAGGACGACGCUGAGGUGAAGACUUUGAAAGCGGAAAUCGUGCAGGCAAUCAAAUCGGCCGGACCCAAUGUGAAAGUUGUGAAAACCUCAGCCACAGGCGGCGUCGAUAAAAUGACAGAUGCUUCGCAAUACACCGGUGCCCACAAGGAACGCUUUGAUGCUACCACCGGUAAAGGAAAGGGUGCGGACGGGCGGACAGAUAAGGUAGAAAACACUGGGUACGUUGGUCAGUACAAAGGAAAGGAUACCUUCGGCAAGAAAUGAACGCCGGUUCGCGAGGUUUCAUUGAAGAGUGGCUUCUUGUGUGUCCAUAGCUACGUAUUGACAGCACUUGGCGAGGAUGAAACUGCUGACUGGCUAAUGUUAUGUAUUUCCCACAUGGAGCACAGAGAACUAGUUUAGUGUCAAUGUUCAUAUAUGCUUUUUAAGCUAUUGCCAUUAGGCAAUCUCAUUUUGUGCAACUUUGUUUUACUUUUAUCAUAAACAGACAUUAUUAAAAUCGUUAUUGAAAUCUCUCAAUAAAUGGUCGACUCAUUUCAAUUUAAUUAAUCUAUAGCUUAAACUGAAUUGAGUUAGGUUGUCAGACUGAUUACAUGCUCUUUGAACAUACUUCUCAUUCAAAAGUUGACCAUUAAUUUUUAACCGAAGAGUUUCAUUGGCAGCACUUUUUUAAGCUGUGUUUUGUAUUUAUUAUUGUGUGUUUGUAAAUAAAACCAUAUAAAGUUUAUAAACAUGACAA